AUGGACGCCGACGCGCGCGCGACGUCCGCGACGUCCGCGCCGGCGACGACGACGACGACGACGACGACGACGGCGAUGGAUGGAAACCGAGCACCCGCGCGCAUCGGGGCAUCGCGCGACGCGCGCGCGCCGUUUCGCGCGCCGUGUCGCGCGACGGCGACGACGGCGACGACGGCGACGCCUCGGACGACGUCGGCGGCGGGCGCGGUGAAGCGAGCGCGGGGCGGUGCCGAUGGUGACGCGAGAUGCCCGGCGCGGAGAUGCUUCACGGCGCUGUACAGUAAACGCAAGGCGGGCGGCGGCGGGAAGCGGCGGAGCUCGAAAAAGUUCGCGGACGGUGUGGUGAUAUCGAGUGGAGACGGCACCGCGGAGGUGUUGGACGUGCAGGGGAAGCGGAUCGCGAGAGGACGGGGUGGGACGAUCGUGGAGGGGACGACGACGGAGUUGGGGGCGUACGAAGUGGAAAUCGGCGAGGAGAUACCAGAGGCGGACGUCGCGAGCGGCGUGGUUUUCUCUCGAGGUGGGACCGCGGCGGUGGCGCCGAGGGAGGAAAGGGUCGAGGUGGUGUCUGGGGUGAAGCUCGGUGGGUUCGUUGCGCCCGUGCGAGGCGGUGGGGCGACGUCGAGUGGAGCGAAACCGGCGGCGCCGAUGCGUACCGUCGAGGAACCGCUUCACAGCGACGUCGCCGAGAACGCGCUCGUGCUGUCGACCAGAGAGACGAAUUUCUAUCGACGCGACGUUCGAACGGCGUGCCCGGUGGUGUGCGAUCCUUUCAUUGCGAAGUUUCUCCGUCCGCACCAACGUGACGGAUUGAAGUUUAUGUUUGAGUGCGUCAUGGGCUUGCGCGCGAGCGCGCACACGAACAAGGCGCACACCGGAUGUCUGUUAGCGCACGAGAUGGGUUUAGGGAAAACGUUACAAGUGAUCGCCCUGGUGUGGACUCUGCUCAAGCAAUCACCGUUCAAACGCGGAUGCCCGACGUGUCGCCGCGUCGUGAUUUGCGUUCCAGCCUCGCUCGUUGGGAACUGGGCCGCCGAAUUUAAGAAGUGGUUGGGACCAGAGCGAAUCGACCCAAAAGUCGUCGAGGGUGGUGACAAGGACGCACAGAAGAGUUUCGAGGAGUUCGCACUUUCAUCCCAGCGACGAUACAACGUGCUCAUAACUUCAUACGAGACAUUGACGGCGAAGAGCGAAGCGCUGGCCCGAGCGAACAUCGACUUGCUCGUGUGCGACGAGGCGCAUCGCCUCAAGAAUGCGUCGCAGACGACCAAAGGCGCGAUGGCGCUCUCUUCUCUGAAAUGCCAUCGACGCGUACUUCUCACGGGAACGCCGGUUCAGAACGAUUUGGACGAGUUGUGGGGCGUCAUGGAUUUCGCCUGUCCCGGUUUGAUGGGCGAUCUGUCGAGUUUCAAAACCAUCUACGCGACGCCGAUUGAGAAGGCUGGCGAGCGUGGCGCGAAGGAGGACGUCGUUCGAAUAGGCAACGCCCGCCGCGACGAGGUGAGUAAACUCAUCGGCCCAUUUAUUCACUCCAGGAAAGCAGACGAGAUCAACGCAUCAUUGCUUCCUCCGAAGACGGAGUACGUCGUUUUCAUUCGUCUCACGGAGACGCAACGCGCGCUCUACGUGGAACAGUUGAAAGCCAAGUCAAUGCAAGCCAUGCUCGGACGAAUCGGCAAGACGGAUGACGCCAUUUCGCCGCUGUCAGCGAUUCAAACGCUUCAAAAGCUCUGUAAUGCCGCGGCGUUGGCUUCCGAAGCGCACCGAGACGACCCUAUCGAGACGUCGAGCAAACUUUGUGUGCUUCGCUCGAUGUUCCGUGCUUUGCCGAGUGACGAGCGCAUCGUCAUCGUUUCCGGAUUCACGACGACGCUCGAUCUCAUCGCUUUGUUGUGUGAGGGUGAGAAGUUAAAGUACGACCGGUUGCAAGGCUCGACGCCGCCAAAAGACCGCACUGCGAUCGUGCGCAAAUUCAACACGACCGGGAGAAUUCUUUUACUAUCUACCAAGGCGGGUGGCGUCGGAUUAAAUCUCGUCGGCGCCAAUCGAUUGGUCCUCGUCGACAGUAGUUGGAAUCCUGCGCACGAUUUACAAGCCCAGGCGCGAAUUUGGCGCGAAGGUCAGACGAAGAAAUGUACCAUUUACCGAUUGCUCUCCACUGGCACCAUCGAGGAGCGCAUGUUUCAGCGCCAAGAAUUGAAGGGAUCGCUCGCCCGGACGCUCGGUUUCAAGUCAACGAGCACCGCUAGCAAUGGCGGUGGGUCGUCGAGUACGUUCACGCAGGCCGAGCUUCGUGACUUAUUCUCACUCGUCAAGGACACGAAGUGCGACACAGCGGACCGCAUCGCCGCACAACCAGGCGACACACCGAAGCACUGGUGCGACGACGCAUCCUUGACGACGACGGACGUGUUACUGCUGAACGUCGCGCGAGAUGAGCUCAUUACGUUUGUCGCGGAGCUUCCGAGCGCCGAGAGUGACACGACCAUCGUCUGCGAAGACGACGACGACGAGUUUUCGUUUGACUGUCCAAGCGAAAGUGACGGCGAGUGA